AGUGGCAGGAAUUGAAGGAGAAGAAGGAGGAGGAGGAGGAUAUAUAUAUCCAAAGAAUGGUUCCAAGGGAUGAGCAAAAAGGAGAUGAUAAUAAUACUAAUCUGCAUGAGAAAAUGCAGCUUCUUCGAUCUGUUACCAACUCUCAAGCUAUGAGUGAGACAUCAAUCAUAAGAGAUGCAUCAAAGUAUAUAGAGGAGUUGAAGCACAAAGUGGAGACUGCUAACCAGCAUUUAUUAUUGGCUUCUUCUGCUUCUAUUGUUUCAACAGACAAUAUUAAUUAUGAUAUUAAUCAUCAUCAUAAUAAUAAUAACCCUUCUUCUUCAUCUCCUCCUCUAGAAAAGGGAUUCUUGGUGAAGGUGUACUCAGAAAGAAGUUGCCCUGGGUUACUUGUUGCCUUACUUGAAGCUUUUGAAGAGCUGGGCCUUAAUGUCCUCGAGGCUAGGGUUUCUUCUACCGACCAUUUUCAUCUACAGGCUUUGGGAGGUGGAGAGAACGAAGACGGUGAUGAAGAUGGGAGGAUGAAUACAGAAAUGGUGAUAGAAGCAAUUUCAAGGGUAAUCAAGGAUUGGAAUGAGAACAAGGAUGGAGAUGGUGAUGUGGAAUAAUGGAUUAUAUAAUAAUUGUAUGUGUUGAUGCAUGUCUUUGUUUUCAUCUUGAUGGAAUUCUAUGAUUCCAAAUCUAGCAAUGAAGCUAGCUAGCUAGG